AGAAUUCGCGGCGAGACGAGACGAGAGCGCAAUCGCGUGACUAGGCGCAGACAGGGGCGAGGAAACAUUAUUGAGCACGUGCACAUAAAUGUUUCUGAACAGGCUCGUAUUUUACUUCAUUCCGCACGAUAAGAACCUUCCACCACCGUGAUCCGAACAACUCAUUUCUGACAACCCAUUCAUCGUUUUCCGCGGCACGUAACCUACUCUCCACGAUUGCGCACCACUUUCAGACGCAGUCUGGAACAGAUAGAAAACGGAGGUUUGUUUAAGGUGGCAGUUCUUCGCGCCUUCAAGGAAAGAUACAGAGAGAAAUGAGAUUUUAUUUCCCUCAACGUUUUCUGAGCGUGCUUCUGCUGCUCGUCGCUUUGACGUGCGCCACACAAGCCAGCAGCCUCCAAGCGAGGCGUUCUGUCUGGAAUGAUAUCGGAAACACAUUGAACAACAUCGGGCAGACAAUCAAGGGUACCAUGAAAACCGGAAUCGACUCUCUAUUCUACCAACAUUCGACUGCCGAGCCCAAAACGAUCCAACCGACCUUGGAAUCGAACUGGAAUGAAACGACACUAUUAGGUCGGAAUGAAUCGGACUAUCGGGAAAUCAUAGAUGCUCCUAUCAGAUGCCCGCCUAAUCAAGUAUUAGUAAAAAAUCGAUGUAGGAUCGAAGCUCGUCGACGAUAAGAUUCCAUCAGGUUUCAGAUAACAUCGAAGAUCUCUUUCACAUUUUUAUCUAUCAGUAAUUUUAAAAUCUUAUAUUAUUGUAUUAUACAUAUAUA